AUGGCGAACUUAACCUUGACCGGGAUACUUGAAAAGAUGACUGGAAAGGAUAAGGAUUACAGAUACAUGGCAACUUCAGAUUUGCUUAAUGAAUUAAACAAAGAAGGAUUUAAACUUGAUAGCGAUCUUGAAGCAAAAUUGUCCAACAUUGUCAUACAGCAACUUGAUGAUGCGGCAGGCGAUGUGUCUGGAUUAGCUGUGAAGUGUUUGGCUCCAUUGGUGAAGAAAAUUCGCGAGCAGCAGGUUCUUGAAAUGACUAACAAGCUUUGUGAUAAAUUGCUCAAUGGAAAAGAGCAAAAUCGUGAUAUAGCUAGCAUUGCUUUGAAGACAAUUAUUGCUGAAGUUCCUACCUCGUCUGUUGCACAAUCUGUUCUUGUAUCCAUUUCCCCAAAGUUGAUACGAGGAAUAACUACUCAGGGAAUGAGCACAGAAAUCAAAUGUGAAUCCCUCGAUAUUCUUUGUGAUGUUCUCCUUAAAUACGGCAAUCUAAUGGCAUCGGAUCAUGAAGUACUAUUAGGUGCUUUGUUGCCCCAGUUGAACACCUAUCAAGCCAGUGUUCGAAAGAAGACUGUUUCAUGUAUUGCAUCCCUCGCAUCAAGCUUAUCAGACGAGUUGCUGGCAAAGGCUACAGUUGAAGUUGUUCGGCUUUUGAAAAUUCAGACCACCAAAUCUGAAAUCACACGAACAAACAUUCAGAUGAUUGGCGCUUUAAGCCGUGCUGUUGGCUAUCGAUUUGGCCCGCACCUUGGGGAUGCAGUUCCAAUUCUAAUUAACUACUGCAAUAAUGCAUCGGAGAAUGAUGAAGAGCUUCGUGAGUAUAGCUUGCAGGCGUUAGAGAGCUUUUUGCUGAGAUGUCCCAGGGAUAUCUCAUUCUACUGUGACCAAAUCUUGCAUCUUACUUUGGAAUUUCUUAGCCAUGACCCAAAUUUCACAGAUAACAUGGAGGAAGACACAGAUGAUGAAAGUUAUGUUGAAGAGGAAGAUGACGAGAGCGCCAAUGAAUACACAGAUGAUGAAGAUGUCAGCUGGAAAGUUCGGAGAGCUGCUGCGAAGUGCUUAUCCGCAUUAAUUGUUUCUCGCCCUGAGAUGCUUUCUAGAUUAUAUGAGGAGGCUUGUCCAAAGUUGAUCGAAAGAUUCAAAGAAAGGGAAGAGAAUGUUAAGAUGGAUGUCUUCAGCACAUUCAUUGAGUUGUUGAGACAAACAGGGAAUGUUACAAAGGGCCAGACGGAUAUUGAUGACUCAAGUCUCAGAUAUCUAUUGAAACAAGAAGUGCCAAAGAUAGUUCGGUCUAUAAAUAGACAGCUACGUGAAAAAUCCAUCAAGACAAAGGUUGGGGCUUUCUCAGUGUUAAAGGAGCUGGUAAUUGUUUUGCCAGAUUGCCUUGCUGACCACAUUGGAUCUCUUACUACAGGAAUUGAGAAAGCACUAUGUGACAAGUCUUCUACCUCAAAUUUGAAAAUUGAGGCCCUUGUAUUUACAAGAUUAGUGUUAGCCUCACAUGCUCCUGAUGUUUUUCAUCCCUACAUCAAGGCGAUUUCUGCUCCUGUUAUAUCUGCUGUUGGAGAGCGUUAUUACAAAGUUACAGCAGAGGCAUUAAGAGUAUGUGGAGAACUUGUUCGUGUUGUGCGGCCAAAUAUUGAGGGUUAUGACUUUGAUUUUAAACCGUACGUGCGCCCUAUAUAUAGUGCUAUUAUGUCACGCUUGACGAACCAAGAUCAGGAUCAGGAAGUGAAGGAAUGUGCUAUCUCUUGUAUGGGGUUUGUGGUUUCUACAUUUGGUGAUCAUCUUGGGAAAGAACUGCCUGCAUGUCUUCCAGUUCUUGUGGAUCGAAUGGGAAAUGAGAUAACUCGUCUUACAGCUGUGAAGGCUUUUGCAGUCAUUGCUGCUUCACCUCUGCACCUUGAUUUAUCUUGCAUUUUAGAGCAAGUGAUUUCAGAGUUGACGACUUUCCUACGAAAGGCCAAUCGAGCCUUAAGACAGGCUACACUGGGGACGUUGAACACAUUAAUUGUCGGCUAUGGUGAUAGAAUCGGUUCAGCUGCUUAUGAAGUCAUUGUUGUUGAACUCUCUACCCUGAUAAGUGACUCAGACUUGCAUAUGGCUGCUCUAGCCCUGGAACUAUGUUGUACAUUAAUGGCCGACAAAAGAUCUGGUCCAAAUGUUGGACUGACUGUCAGAAAUAAAGUUCUGCCACAGGCACUGACACUAAUUACAAGCCCACUGCUCCAGGGGCAAGCUCUUCUGGCACUACAGAACUUCUUUGGCGCUUUGGUUUACUCAGCUAACACAAGCUUUGAUGUUUUGCUUGGCUCUCUUCUUUCAACUGCAAAAUCAUCUGUCCAGUCUGGUGGUGUAGCAAAACAGGCUUUAUUCUCCAUUGCUCAGUGCGUUGCUGUUCUCUGUCUUGCUGCAGGCAAUGAGAAAUGUUACUCUACUGUAAAUAUGCUUACCGAUUUAUUGAGAUCUGAUAGCAGCACCAACUCGGCUAAGCAACAUCUUUCCUUACUGUGCUUGGGGGAGAUAGGCAGGAGAAAAGAUCUCAGUUCCCAUGCUCAUAUAGAGAAUAUUGUCAUCGAGUCUUUCCAAUCACCUUUCGAAGAAAUAAAAUCUGCUGCAUCUUAUGCCUUGGGAAACAUUGCUGUCGGCAAUCUACCCAAGUAUUUGCCAUUUAUCCUGGACAAAAUCGAUAACCAGCAGAAGAAGCAAUAUCUGUUACUCCAUUCUCUAAAGGAGGUUAUUGUAAGGCAGUCUGUAGAUAAAGCAGAAUUUGAUGAUUCUAGUGUGGAGAAGAUCACUAAUUUGCUUUUUAAUCACUGCGAAAGUGAUGAGGAGGGUGUUCGUAAUGUGGUAGCUGAGUGUCUUGGGAAAAUUGCCCUUAUUGAACCUGGAAAGCUUGUUCCUUCACUCAAGGAAAGGACCUCCAAUCCUGCUGCGUUCACCAGAGCAACAGUUGUAACUGCAGUGAAGUAUUCAAUAGUUGAGAGGCAGGAGAAAAUAGAUGAGAUUUUGUACCCUGAGAUCUCAUCUUUCUUGAUGCUUAUCAAAGACCACGACCGGCAUGUAAGGCGAGCAGCUGUAUUGGCCUUGAGUAUUGCAGCUCAUAAUAAGCCAAACCUGAUAAAGGGCUUACUUCCAGAACUAUUACCACUUCUCUACGACCAAACAGUCAUAAAGAAAGAAUUGAUCAGGACAGUGGAUUUAGGUCCUUUUAAGCACACAGUUGAUGAUGGGCUUGAAUUGAGGAAAGCUGCUUUUGAAUGCGUGGACACUUUGUUGGACAGCUGUCUUGACCAAGUGAACCCUUCUUCAUUUAUUGUUCCGUAUCUGCUAUCUGGUUUAGAAGAUCAUUAUGAUGUCAAAAUGCCUUGUCAUUUGAUACUUUCGAAGUUGGCCGAUAAGUGCCCAUCUGCUGUGUUGGCAGUGUUGGAUUCCUUGGUGGAUCCUCUCCAGAAAACUAUCAACUUUAGACCCAAGCAAGAUGCUGUCAAGCAAGAAGUUGACCGUAAUGAAGAUAUGAUCCGCAGUGCCCUCCGAGCAAUUGCAUCCUUGAAUCGCAUGAGUGGAGGAGAUUGUAGCCAUAAGUUCAAAAAUCUGAUGAAUGAUAUAGCCAAGUCGCAAACACUGUCCGAGAAAUACUCCUCUAUAAGGAAUGAAUGA